CCGGAGGCGAUGGAUGCACGGGAGCAGCCGGCGUUUGGCGUGCCCCAGAUCUGCCGCUGAAGGAGGCGGCCCGCUCCGGCACCGCUGCGCCAGGAGGGAGGAGCUGGGCGGGGGACAGUGGGCAGCGGAGAGCCGGCGGCCGUGCGGGUGGGGACAGGACUGCGGAGCCGGUACACCACUGAUGGAUGUGACCUCGACACGGACUGGAUACUCCUGUCGUCCCUAUAGGAAGUAACCGGGGGGUCGGUCCAACUACAGCCAGGGACGGCGGGACAAGAUGGAGCGGCAGAGCAGCGGCCAGCACCGGACUCUGAGGCCAGUCUGUGUCCGCUGCUAAACGACUUUGGAGAGCCGCCUGUACCCCGGAGUGGACGUCGGACAAGUAGCUACACACUCCCCCUUCACACAGACAUCCGUCACCCUGUGGAGAUUUUACCAUGAUCUGUGCCAACCUGUUCUUCAUUCUGAUUUUGAUAGAUGAGGUGCUUCACUCUGUUGGGGACCCCGUCCUGCCAGGAGGUUGGAGAGUGGACUGCAUAAGGGCCAAUGAGCAGUGCACGGCCAAACCAAGCUGCAGCAGCCGGCUUCGCACCCUGCGCCAGUGCCUGGCAGGCAAGGCUGCCAUGCUUUUCGGCCCCGAGAUCAAGAAUGAGUGUGUCGCUGCAGUGAUGGCUCUGCGGCAAAGCACGCUGUCUGAAUGUCGCUGCAAGCGAGCGAUGAAGAAAGAAAAACAGUGCCUGGCCAUCUACUGGAGCAUUCACCAGAGCCACUCUCAGGGUGAUGACUUGUAUGAAAGCUCCCCUUAUGAGCCCGUUAGCUCACGCCUCUCUGACAUAUCUCGACUUGCUGCAAUCAGUUCAGGAAUGGAACCCACCGGGCCACGAGGAAACCCAUGCUUGGAUGCAGCCAAGGGCUGCAACCUGAAUGACACCUGCAAGAGGUACCGCUCCAUCUACAUCUCCACCUGUGUCAAGCGAAGUUCGCCCACAGAUUUCUGCAGCCGUCGGAGGUGCCACAAGGCCCUGAGGCAGUUCUUCGACCGAGUGCCUGCAGAAUACAGCUACCGGCUUCUCUUCUGCCCCUGCAAUGACCCAGCGUGCGCCGAGAGGCGCCGGCAGACCAUCGUGCCCGCCUGCUCGUAUGAGAGCAAAGAGAAACCCAACUGCCUGGCACUCCAUCAGACCUGCAAAACAGACCAUGUGUGCAGGUCACGAUUGGCAGACUUUCUCUCCAACUGCCAACCCUCCACGCAAGCUGUGAGCGGUUGCUUCAGGGAGAACUACGCGGCCUGCUUGCUGUCCUACUCGGGACUGAUAGGUAGUGACAUGACCCCAAAUUACGUGGACACAACAGACAUUGUAGUGGCUCCCUGGUGUACAUGCAGCGGCAGCGGGAACCAGAAGGAAGAAUGCGACAAGUUUCUGAACUACUUUAAAGAAAACAUCUGCCUCAGGAAUGCAAUGCAAGCUUUUGGCAAUGGGACAGAUGUGAGUACAUGGAAAUCCAGCCUCCCUACCUUGGCCACGUCUCUCGUCAAGACUGAGAAAACAGUUCAGAGUGCUGAACCAUCUGACCACAUAAAGGAGAUCACAACGGCAGAUGAUGCAAACAUUCUCACCGUGUGUCCUGACCUACAGGAUAAUGGACCAAAGUUCAAUACAUCCAAAGAGCAGAGUGUCUGUCUGCCAGAGACGCAAGUCCCUAGCCUGAACCAGGACAAGAAUAACGAAAUGGAUAAAGUAACAAGCUACACCAAUCCAAGAAAUGGGAAAUCUGCUGGUGUGAGUGUCCGAGCCAGUCUGGCAUGGAUAGCCAUUUCCAGCUUCACAGUAACCAUGUUGACAUCAUAGGAGCCCCAAGGAACCUAGAAGAAUUCAGGUUUCCACAUCCAUCCUACUUAAAUGAAAAAUGAUACCCCUGUGGAGAAAAUGCAAAUAAAUUCACUGAGUUUUCAAGGAGAGAGAGAGAGAAAGAGAGAGAGAGAGGAGAGGGAGAGAGAGGGGGGAUAAGUGUGAUUGCUUCUGUAAAGAUGUGUUGCCAAUGAAUUGGUCCCCAAAGCCUAAGGCUUAUCAUGGACACAAUGCUAUGAACGGACUGGGACCUUGUUUCUUAAAAGAGAAGGAUAGAACUGCUGACUCUUCAAGCCUAACUGCUUGCCAUGGCUCCAGUUGAUUGAGACUGGAGAUAUAGCUGUAACCCUGUAGGGCUCCAGAAAUGCCUUGCAAGUUGGAGCAGCAUUUGCAAGACGCCAAUGGCUCAAGUGAACGAAUUCCAGUUCAGCGACUCUGCUGCAGUUAUGUAUGGUCAUGUAAAACCACAGUUCUGUUUUACCACGUGUACGUUUUCCCCUAAACCGCCCUGUGAGGAGAGGUGCUGAUGUGUUUGAACUCUGUUUUUUUACACUUAAUAUCAUUUAUACCUAGAAGAAUAUACAACUUCUGUUCAUGUGAAAAAUGUUUCUCUCUUUGUUUGCCAACUUUCUAGAACAGUGUUCUAUGCAGUUGUAGCUGUUAAUUCCUGCUUGCAUAGCAUUUGCAAGCUUCCUGUUCAAUUAUACCAUCAAUGUAUAGUGCAUUAUUUCAAACUGGAAUAUAUCUAUACCCGCAAAAAACCACACCUGGAUGUCAUGUUUUAAUUUUGUUUGUUGAAGUGGAUUAUAAAGAAGACAAUAUAACCUGUGGAAAGGAUGAAAUAGAAAUGGUCUGUGGAACAUCUUUAGGAAUAUCUGAAGAUAUUUUUGCAGGGUAGAUAACACAAAGCAAUGCAGGAACUCAACUGAAUACACUCUAGUGAAGCUGAAUUCUGUAAAUGUGAUCUGACACACAGAGAGUAAAUUUGAGGUGAAAAUCCAGGAACCAUGUUUAAUCGAAUAGGAGUAGACAGUCACCUUAAUCAACACUUUCAAAUGCAGACCUUGAAGAUCUGGCUCCCCUCUUCCUUCCCCUUCUCUCAUCGUCCACUCUCCAUAAGACCAUAAGAUAUAGGAACAGAACUAGACCAUUCAGCCCAUCAAUUCUGCUCAGCUCGGCAUUCCAUCCUGGCUGAUCCCGAAUCGCACUGCAUACCAACACCAGAUAUAGCCUUCUUGCCGUAUCCAUUGAUGCCCUGACCGACCAGGAAACUAUCAACAUACACAAAAAGCUGAGUUCCUUCAGCAUUUUGUGUGUGUUGCUCAGAUUUCUAACAUCUGCAGAUUUUCUCUUGUUUGUGAGGAAACUUAACUUCCACUUCAAAUGUACCCACAGACCUGGUCUCCACCGCAGUCUGUGGCAGAGCCUUCCACAGAUUCACUACUCUCUGGCUAAAAGAAUUCCUCCUUAUCUCUAUUCUAAAAGGUUGUCCCUCAAUUUUGAGGCUGUGCCCUCUAGCUCUAGAUACCCUCACCAUAGGGAACUACCUCUCUACAUCCAUCAUAUCUAGACCUUGCAACAUUUGGUAGGUUUCAAUGAGAUCCCCCUGAGUACGUCUAAAUUCCAGUGAGUACGGGUCCUAAGCCGCUAAACACAACUCGUAUGUUAACCCUUUCAUUCCCUGAAUAAUCCUCAUGAACCUCCUCUGGACUCUAUCCAAUGACAACACAUCCUUUCUGAGAUAUGGGGUUCAAGUAAAUGACGUCCACUGCCUCUCCUUUGUCCACCCUGCUUGUUACUUCCUUGAAGAAUUCUAACAGAAAUGGUUUAUGUGAUUUCCCUUCACAUAAACCAUGCUGACUUUGGCUUAUUUUAUCAUUAGUCUUCAAGUACCCUGAAGCCUAAUCCUUAAUAAUAGACUCCAACACUUUCCCAACCACUGAUGUUAGGCUAACUGGCCUAUAAUUUCCUUUCUUUCACCCCCUUCCUUUCUUAAAGAGUGAGUGACAUUUGUAAUUCUCCAGUCCUCCAGGACCAUCCCAGAAUCAAGUGAUUCUUGAAAGAUCACGAUCAAUACAUCUGUUAUCUCUUCAGCAGCCUCUCUCAGGACUCUGGGAUGUAAUCCAUCUGUCCAGGUGACAUAUUGACCUUUGAAUUUGCCUUGUACUUUUUCCUUUGUAAUAGCAAUGACACUCAUUUCUGCUCCUUGACACUUACAGACCUCUGGCACACUGCUAAUGUCUUCCACAGUGAAGACAGAUGCAAAGUGCCCAUUAAGUUCAUCUGCCAUUUCUUCCUCCCCCAUUACUACUUCAUCAGCAUCAUUUUCCAGUGGUCCGAUAUCAACUCUCACCUCCCUUUUUACUCUUCAUAAUACUGAAACAAACUCUUAGUACCCUGCUUUAUAUUAUUGGCUAGACUGCCCUCAUGUUUCAUCUUGUCCCUUCUUAUAGCUUUUCAGUUGUGUUUUGUUGGAUUUUAAAAGCUUUCUAAUCAUCCAACUUCCCAUUCAUUUUUGUUACCUUAUAUGCCCUUUCCUUGGCUUUUAUGAAGUCUUUAACUUCCCUUGUCAACUAUGGUUGCCUAUCCCUGUCAUUUGAGAACAACUUCUUCUGUGGGACGUAUCUAUCCUGCACCUUGUGAACUAUUCCCAGAAACUUCAGCCAUCUCUGCUCAGCCGUCAUUCCCGCCAGUAUCCUCCUCCAAUCCACCUGGGCAAGCUCCUCUCUCCUGCCUCUGUAAUUCUCUUUAUUCCAUUGCAAUCACGAUACAUGUGAAUUAUGUUUCUCCAUCUCAAACUGCAGUAUGAAUUCAUUCAUAAUAUGAUCCUGCUUCCUAAGGGUUCCUUUACAGUAAACUCCUUAAUAAGAUCUGGGUUAUUACACAACAACCAAUCUAAAAUACCCUUUCCUCAAGUAGGCUCAAAAACAAGUUGCCCUAAAAAGCCAUCUUGUAAUCAUUCAACAAAUUUCCUCUCUUGUAAUCUUGUAAUUCAAGUCCCCGAUUACAAUUGUACCAUUAUCCUUAUUACAUGCCUUUUCCAGCUCCCUUUGCAAUCUUAACCCUACAUCUCAGCUACUCUUUGGAGGCCUAUAUAUGAUUCCCAUAAUUUAUUUUUACCCUUGCAGUUUCUUAACUCCACCUACAAAGAAUCAAUAUUCUCUGGCCCUAUGUCACCGCUUCUAAAGACGUAAUUCCAUCUCUUACCAACAAGAGCCACACCACCGCCUAUGCCUUCCUGCAUGUCCUUUUUGAUGCAAAGUACAGUAUAUCCUUUGAUGUUAAGCUCCCAACUCUGGCCUUCUUUCAGCCAUGACUCGAUGGUAACCACAAUGUCAUACCUACCAAUCUCAAAUUGCACCAUGAGUUUGUCCACCUUAUUCCAAUUCUCUGCAUGUUUCUUUCACCAGAUUCCUUCUUCUUCAGCCCUUUAUCUUUUCCACCUAUCAUCUCCCAGCUUCUCACCCCAUCCCCCCCUUCACCCACCUACUCCCCUCUCUUCUGACUUCACUUAUCACCUUCCAGCUUGUCCUCCGUCCCCACCCCCACCUUCUUAUUCUGGCAUCUUCACCUUUCCUGUCACGAUUAAUGGUCUCAGCCUAAAACAUCGAUUCUAUUCCCGUCCAUAGAUGCUACCUGAUCUGCUGAAUUCCUCUGUCAUUUUAAAGUGUGUAACUCACGCAGAAUGUCAAUCACUGGAUGCAUCAGGCUGCCUCAUUUUUGUCUCUGGCCAUUGGUUCUGUAGGAACGGGGUUCUGUGGGGGAUUACAGAUGUGUCGAGCCAAGAACCUCAUGCACUUUGCAAAAAGCCUAUCAGUUUUACACACUGGCAUUAGUUUAUGCAAUUGAACAAUAGAUACUAAAGUAGUGUAGCAGUUAGCAUGACGUUAUUACAGCUUGGGGAAUUCCGCAAUUUGGAGUCCAAUUCCAGCUCCAUUUGUAAAAGAGUGUGUAUGAUCUCCCCAUGAACCAUGUGAGUUCCCUCUAGGUGCUCCAGUUUGCUCCCACAAUCCAAAGACAUACUCGUUCAUAGAUUAAUUGUUCAUUGCAAACAAUCCUGUGAUGAGAUCAGUGUUAAAUAGGUGAGUUGCAGGACACCGUGGCUCGUCGGGUCAGAAGGAUUUGUUCCACGCUGUAUCUCUAAAUCAAAUCAAAAACUCUGCAGAGGCUAUAAAUCUGGAAUAAAAACACCACUUCUAGAAAGUUUUGAGUGUUUCCAACAUUUCAUGUUUAUUAUUUCAUACCAAAUAGAUAAACACCUUUCUAAAUAUGCUUUAUCUUAACUUUUAAUAAAUCUUGCAUUAUUACUACA